UGACGCUAUAAGUACUUCGCUGACGUAACUCUCGCGAUACUUCCUCCGUGGUCGCGUAACAGUAUGGCAGCGGUCGCGCUGAGGUGCUGGCGCAGAGGACUUUCACAGAUUUGGAGUAAUGGAGGGCUCGCAGCUCUGUCUUCGAAGCGUCCGCAAGCAGACAGACGACACAAGUCCACGGUUCAGUUUGCUUCACGACCAGAUCUACCGAAGUUGGCCUACAGACGGGUGAAGGGGAAGAGCCCAGGUGUGGUCUUCCUGCCGGGAUAUGGCUCCAACAUGAAUGGACAGAAGGCCGAGUCCCUGGAGGAGUUCUGUAGGUCACUAGGGCACUCGUACCUUAGGUUUGACUACACGGGACAUGGGGCCUCAGAAGGGGUGCUGGCAGAAGGGUCUAUUGGUACCUGGAAAAAAGACGUCCUCUUUGUGUUGGAUGAGUUAGUAGAGGGGCCACAGAUAAUGGUGGGUUCCAGUGUAGGUGGUUGGCUCAUGCUGCUGGCAGCCAUUGCAAGACCAGAGAAGACGGCUGCACUGGUGGGCAUCUCCACCGCUGCUGAUCACAUUGUCAUGUCAUUCAACAGUCUUUCUCUGGAGGUACGCAAGGAGUUCGAGGAGAAGGGGGAGUGGACCGUGCCCAACAAACACUCGGAGGAUGGCGUUUUAAAGUUUAGCAUGAACUUUCUGCGCGAGGCAGAGAAUCACUGUGUGCUCCAGAGUCCCAUCCCCAUCACUUGUCCCGUGCGGCUCAUCCACGGGCUCAAAGACGAAGACGUCCCGUGGCACAUCUCCAUGCAGGUGGCGGAGCGUGUCCUCAGUCCCGACGUGGAUGUCAUCCUUCGGCGACAUGGCCAGCACCGCAUGUCCGAGAAGGAUGACAUCAAGCUCAUGGUCUACACUAUUGACGACCUCAUAGACAAGCUGACCACUCUGGUCUGAGCCUGAGAGGUUGCCGAGUUUAAGAGAAGGACUGAGUUUACUGUGAAGUCGACCCUCAAGGAAAUUACCAAACAAUGGCAUGUUUCUCUGCCAAAUAUGACGUUUUAUCCAUCUUUAUUAUUCUCCCUGUACUUCAUCUGUCAUUUCCACAUGCCGUCACAGUGCAAGCUUUGUCUAAAGGGAGCUCCCCUGCUGGCUGUUCCCUUUUAAUUUUCAGGUUGCAUUUGUGUGUGUGUGUUCCAGGUUGUGUUAUCGACUGUUGGUCAAACACUAUUAGGUCUGCCGUUGCUGUCGUCUCUGCCACUGUUCUUACUUUUUGACUGUUUUCUCUCCCUCUUUAAUUAGAUGCAUAGAUAUUUUGGUGCCUUUUUUUCAAAUCACUUUUCACCCAGUCUGGCCAAUAAAACCUCUGCACACCAGA